GAUAUGGGUGUGGCGCGGCGACCAUUUGCUAGAGUGUGUUUGAAGAGCCGCGGAGUAGAGUAGCGUCCAUCUCGGUGUAACAGUGUGGACGAAAUGACGUCCAUUCAGCUAUUAGGAGGGAAGCAGAAGUUGCUGACGAUCCAAGUCGCCAAUUUGGUCCAUAUUCAGUCCAUCAUCAACUGGGCUCGACUUCUGAAGAAGAGCGCAGGAUUCACUGUGGCUCUACUUACCUCUCUCUGUGUCCUUGUCUACCUCUUCACGCACUUCCACGACCGAAUCAACGGCUCUCCCAGUAAUACAGGUAGUGACUAUGAGGUGUGGAGCCCUCCGGCCACCUGCCAGGACUGCUUCCUCAGUAAACCAAUAGAUCUCGGACUUCUAGAGCAACACCUACUCCUAGUUCUCAUACACGCCAAGGCCGACGAUCGGACCAGACGAGACGCCAUCCGACAGACGUGGGUAUCUGAUUACAGGGGUCUACUCAACCCCCCUGUUCAGUACAGGUUUGUGAUCGGAGCCCACAACCUGGGCCUGGAAGAGCUGAAGCGACUGCUGGCUGAGUCUGAGAGGUUUGGUGAUGUGAUUAUCAUGGACGACAUCCCGGACUCUGAGGCUGAUCUCACCAGGCGCACCCUCGACAGUUUCUCUCUCGUCUUGCAAACACUCAAGUUCAAGUACAUUCUCAAGUGCGAUGACGACACUUUUGUCGAUCUUCCACGCAUUGCAACGGAGCUGCAGCGUCGACAGUACCACGCCAGGUUCUACUGGGGCUUCAUAAUGGGUCAUAACAAAGUCCACUCUUACGGGAGGUACAAAGAAGUGGGCUGGUCGCUGUGCGAUUUUUACCUUCCCUACGCUGCCGGAGGAGGCUACGUGAUUUCUCGCGAUCUGGUUGAACUUCUUCACGAGAACAGAGACUCUUUGAAGAGAUACAGCUGUGAAGAUGUCUCGCUGGGGGCGUGGCUGGCACCCUACAACAUAGAGCGACGGCACGACACUCGUUUCAACACGGAGUCGAGAAGUCGUGGGUGUAAGAGUGUGUUCAUGGUGUCGCACAAGGUAUCAGCCGGGGACAUGUUCCAGAUGUACGAGAGUCUCCAGCUGGACGGGACGCUGUGCGCAGCGAGCAGACAGUGGUACAUACGGCUGCACUGUCCGCUGAGUCUGGCCGUCUGCAGCAGAGCACCGGAAGACAGGCGGGACCUCUGCUGUUCUGCCGAGAGAUCUGAGAUAGAUACUGUGAAAGGCUGUCGGACUUACCUCAGGUCAGUGUUUGUUGAGCUGAACCAGCCACAUGCAGCGGUGCAGCCUCUCAUACCACAGCAGGUAGAUGAUGGCUGGUGUGAGGGCACAAAGUUGAACGGAAAGAUAGGAAUGUUUCCAGACAACUUUGUCAAGUUACGGCCAGUCACUACUCCUGCUGCUGCUGUCAGUAAACCAGCCACCAAGGCCCCGCCCCCUGACCCAGCUCCCAGUCAACCUCCGAUCAUUGCCAGAUCAGCAGGUCAGGUGAACAAGACCAGAAGAGCUAAAGUGUCAUUCAGCUAUGCUGCUGAGAAUACUGACGAACUGUCACUAAUGCCUGGCCAGAGCCUCGUAGCCCACACCACCCCCACCAGCACAGGACACCCCACAGAACACCCACCAGAACAAACCGGCCAGAUUUUGGAGCACCCUGACCCGAGCCACUGGACAGCUCCAGCAGUAAAGGAAAAGACUAACAAGACUGGUGGUUGUCGAGACCUCGUCUCGUUCCAACCUUCACCCAGAAAUUGUGAACAGGACCGGGUAGGCUUGCUUCGCGUCCCAAUAAAUGUGUGGGUAGUAGGACCGAGGGUGAACAGGGCACGUUGUCGUGAGUGCAGGAGGAUGGGAGUUGGCCACAAGUCAAGGAGGAGGCAACGGGGCGGGGGACGAGGCUCCUUGGCAGAGGGAGAUCAAACAGAGGAAGAAGAAGGACAGUCCAAACUACCACCCAGCGCCAGCACGCCACACCCCCCUCCUGCUACCGUGGCACGGAAAGCUGAGGAAAACCGGCUCCCACCUCGAAUGGCUAGCAAACCUUCUUUUGGCAGCGAAACCGAAGCCACCACCAGCUAAAACCUCCAGUAAAGAUAUAGCCAAGACCAAAACCACCUUCCGGCAAAGCCACCCUUUGAAGCCACACCCCCUCCCGAGGAAAGCGAGAACACGCCCCCCAAGUCCUCGAAGAGAGUGGAUAGAGGCUCUGGAUAAACUGAGGUCAGAGUUCAAUGAGUUCAAGACCCAGAAUCAGGAAGGAAGCUGCGGAGAGGAAGAUAAAGACGAUUGUCAGAUGAUUUGGACCAGGAGCGGAAGGAACAAUUGCCCUCUCUCAGGAUGACAUAGACAGACUCAAGAAAGAGAAACUCUAGUAUCGUCUUCGCGUUCUAAUGUCUCUUCCAUUUUUCAAAUUGACACCACACACCAACAACAGAGUCUGUUUAUCGGUGUUUGGUCACCAUGGUUACGGUAUUAUACAGUUGUGCCGAAUUUAUUGGUGUAAUUAAGUGUGUGUGAAAUGAUAGUAUGUGCCAUUCUUUCCUUUUUUAUGUUCUUUAGAACAUUUUAUAAUGAGGUGUUUAUGACUC